CUUGGGGAUUUUAUUUUUCUGUUGCGCUGAAUUUAGGCCAGAACGCACGAAAUUGUCGAUAUGAAGUGUUUACUUUCAACGCUGGUCAUCUUUGUUUGUUUUUUGAAUUUUGUACAUGCCUAUGGGGCUGCUUCCCCGGAUCCAAAUAACGGUUUUGAUAAAUGCGACUUUGGGCGUCAUUUGACCAUGAGAUGUGUGGGUAGGACCUCGGACCCACAGCUUAGAUGUCCCGCAGACUUCUUCUGUUACACCCCUUUGGAUAGAGUAGGACCUUGUUGUCGCAGAGACAACCCAUGCAGCACGGGAGUUCCCUACAAAGUGAACGACGACGCAGUGACGUGUAGUCAGAGAAAAAGAUGUCCUUCCGGUCACGUGUGUACCACUGGCAAGGACUAUGCCGUGUGUUGUCCCAUUCAUCGACUUUGUCCUAGGCCUUUUAAUUGUCCGAAAAUUUCUCCAUACUGCGCAGUACCUGACACUUUUCUUUACAAGGGCGGAUUGACAUGUCCCAAGUGUGACAAGGACAUUUGCAAAAGUUCCAAAACAAAUUAAAAAGAAUAAAAUGUACGAUAUGCAUUAAAAUAAAAAAAAAUACGUAUGUAUGUCUUAAUUAUCAUAUUUGUGUAAACAAAAUAUUAAUUUGAUUACCUUUUUCAUUCAUUGUACUCUUGGCUAAAAUUAUGUUUAACAUUUAAUCUAGAUGUUAAAUUGGGUAUGACCUUAUAUUUUAAUACAUUUCAAGUUUGAACGAAAACUCUACUAAAAAUAAAAAAAAGAUCAUAAAAUCAGUAAACUUAUGUCAGUGAAAACCAAAGUAAAGAUAAAGGAGAAUGUAAAUUACAAAACAAGUAGUCUAUUCUGCAUUCAAUAUGUCUUCAAAAUAUUAAAAAUUAUUCAUAAUAAAAAUAAGUAUUUUGUUUCUGUAGACUUUUCGAAAUUAAUAUUGCUUAUCAAAUAUGACACAAUUUUCCAAAAGUUAUGUAAACUAUCAAUAACUUAUAUUCAAUUUGUCCAUGACCUUCAACAAACCGCUGUUGACAAUAUUUUCUUACAUUGUUUAACAAAUUAAGGUGGAAUAACACACCUUGGAAAAGUCACUCAAAUUAACAGCAAGUUAUUUGAUUAUGAAAAAUGUAAUGAUAAAUAAACUGUACAAAUGUCAAAUAAGCGACACUUUAUCCACUCGGCUAUAUAGUAAGGUACAUAGGUGUCGACAAAAUCCUUUUAAUACUAUGCAAUGUCGUUUCGAUCAGAGGUCAGCCAUUUUAUGAUGUGUUAUUCCACCUUAAGAAUCCUAUUUCCAUCACUGAUAAAAUGAUAAUGGGCUUAGAUGCAGAUUCAAAUAAAUAUAUUAGAGAUCAUGAUACACGUGUAUUUUAAAACAUGAUUUAUUAUUUU